GAUGAGAGCUUUCUUUCUCAAUUCCAGUGAAGACUGAUCCUCCUCACAUAACUAAAAUAGAAACAGUUCCAGGGAUGCCGCCAAAGCUAAGAGUUCAUUGGAAAAAACCUCGGUAUAUGCCUGUAAGUGCUCAGAAAAAUACAAGAUGCCAAAUUCGAUAUAAAUCCAUAAAGGAAAAUGGCAUGAAAGAUUACUUCAUGGAAGAAGACAGUGCAACAAUUGAUCUCACUAAUCUAUGGGAUUGUACAAACUAUACUGUUGACAUUCGGUGUGCUCAUAUUGGCUCGAAGUUUUGGAGUGAGUGGAGUACCAAAAAAAUGGGAGCAACAGAAGGACAUGGCGAGCAAGAAUGCUGAUACAGUGUGAUGCUUCUGUUAAGUUUUAAAUUGGCAGAUCUAAAAAAACAAAACAAAAAACAAAUUCAUGUUAAUCCA